GAGUAAAAAAUCAAAGACGAUAAUCUCAGCGUCUGACGAUAAUCUCAGCUUCUGACGAUAUGAGCGUAGCGGUCGUAAACGGAGUAACGGUAACGGCGUUCGUCGAGGACGGCGCCGCGUUCAACAAGUGCAUGGAAGAGCGGUUCUCAACCCUCGACAGAUGAGUGGAUGAUGCACCAAAGUGCCACAAUGGUAUCUUGCUAAGAAGCAAAAAACACCAUGAAUCCAGGCAAUGCCAUUCCGAGCCAAUCUCAGCCGUCCAUCUCUCCUCCGCUUUCACUUCUCUUCCCUUCCAUUUCCAGAAACGCCCACAUCUCUCUCCGCAUCGACAACACCAUGCUUCGCCAUCCUACGCACUGCCAUCUCGUCCAAAUCCCUCCGCCUCGGACAAUGCACACACGCUCGCAUUAUAGUAUCCGGCCUCACUCCCGACCGCUUCCUCACCAACAACCUCAUCAACAUGUAUUGCAAAUGUGGGUCUCUUACCUCCGCACGACACCUGUUUGACAAAAUCCCCAACCGAGACCUCGUUACAUGGAACUCGAUCCUCGCAGGCUAUGCUCUCUCCCAUGACACAGCCCAGCAAGGCCUUCUCCUUUUCCUCCUUAUGCGCAGAUCCGCAGUCUCCCCCAGCCGGCUCACGUUAGCUCCAGUCCUUAAGAUAUGCUUGCACUCGGGUUUCCUCGAUACGUCAGAAACUGUCCAUUCUUAUGCUGUGAAGAUUGGUUUGGAUUGCGACGUCUUCGUCUCGGCUGCUCUUGUCAAUAUAUAUUCGAAAUUCGGACGGAUCGAGGAUGCUCGAUACCUAUUUGAUGAAAUGUCUGAGAGAGAUGUUGUGUUGUGGAAUAUAAUGAUUAAGGCGUACUUGCAAUUGGGUCUCGAGAAUGAAGCUAUUUCUCUGUUCUCGGCAUUGCACCGGUGCGGGCUGGGCCCGGAUGAUGUUAGUGUUCAGUCCAUCCUCAACAGGGUUUCUGAGAAGGAGAAUGUCGAGCAGGUUCGGGCGUAUGCGAUUAAGGCAUGUUUGUUUGAAGAGAACUCAAACAUAAUUGGCUGGAAUAAAACCAUGACUGGGUUUUUACAAGGCAGCGAGAAUGGGGCUGUGAUCGAAUGCUUUAUGGAGAUUAUGAGAUUCAAUGUAGGAUAUGACAAAGUGACGUUUGUGAUUGUUCUCAGUGCAAUCGCAGGUGCUAGUGAUUUGAAAGCUGGGGAGCAGAUCCAUAGUGUGGUUGUAAAAACCGGGUUAAGUUUGGAUGUUGCCGUCAUGAAUAAUCUCAUCAACGUGUAUGCGAAGACCGGCUGUUUGGAUUAUGCGAGGAAGGUGUUUGACGAGAUGGAAGAAUUGGAUCUGGUUUCAUGGAAUUCAAUGAUAUCAGGUUAUGUGCAGAGUGGUUUGGCGGAAGAAUCCGUUGCCCUUUUCUUGGGUCUUUUGCGGGACGGUGCAAUCCCUGAUCAGUUUACACUGGCAAGCAUUCUUCGGGCCUCUUCAGCUCUUGCCGGAGGCUCCAUUUUGGGUAAACAAGUUCAUGUUCUUGCAGUGAAAAGUGGUCAUUUCAUAGACGUCUUUGUUUUGACGUCGCUCAUCGAUGCUUAUGCUAAGAAUGGCGAGAUAGAAGAAGCAGAAGUCAUUUUUUGCAACCUGAAUGGAUUUGAUUUGGGUUCUUGGAAUGCUAUGAUUGCGGGGUAUGUAAUGAACAAUGACAGUAUUAGGGCAUUGAAUCUUAUCUCUUUGAUUUGGAAGCAUGGCGAGAGAUUGAACCAGUUCACAUUAGCAACAGCCAUUAAGGCCUGUAGUUGCUUGGUUGCUAUUGAACAAGGGAAGCAAAUCCACGCGCAUGCAAUAAAGCUUGGGUUCGAUUCGGAUUUAUGCGUUAGUAGUGGGAUCAUGGACAUGUACAUUAAGUGUGGAGACAUGAGAGACGCCAUUCUUGUUUUCGAUGACAUACCUGAGCCCGAUGAGGUCGCUUGGACGGCCAUGAUCUCGGGAUGUGUGGAGAAUGGAGACGAUGACCAUGCUCUACAGCUCUACCAACGAAUGAGGCGCUUGGGGGUCCUGCCCGACGAAUUCACAUUCGCUACACUCAUCAAAGCAUGCUCGUGCUUGGCUGUGUUAGAGCAGGGGAGGCAAAUCCAUGUGAACGCUAUUAAGUUAGACUGUGCAUUAGACACCUUCGUGGGGACUUCGAUCAUCGACAUGUAUGCGAAAUGUGGGUGCAUCGAGGACUCAUUCCGUGUGUUCAAGAAGAUGGGCACGAAGAAUGUCGCAUCUUGGAAUGCAAUGCUUGUGGGUUUUGCUCAACAUGGCAACGGUGACGAAGCCCUCGAUCUCUUUAGAAAGAUGAAGUGUUGGGGCAUUCGACCCGAUUGGAUUACUUUCAUUGGAGUUCUUUCAGCUUGUAGUCAUGCCGGUGGCUUAGUAUCUGAAGCUCACAUGUACUUCAAUUCGAUGAGUAAGGAUUAUGGCAUUGAGCCGAGAACAGAGCAUUAUUCUUGCCUAGUUGAUGUUCUUGGCCGCGCGGGGCUUGUGAAAGAAGCAGAAAAGCUCAUUGAAUCAAUGCCUUUUGAUCCUUCUGCCUCGAUGUGUAGAGCGUUGCUUGGUGCUUGUAGAGUUAAAGGGGACACAGAGGUGGGAAAGCGGGUGGCAGCUCGUCUUUUGGAUUUGGAGCCAUCUGAUUCAGCCGCUUAUGUUCUCAUGUCAAACAUCUAUGCCUCAGCCAGCCGAUGGGGUGAUGCGGCGGAUGCUAGGAAGACAAUGAGAUUGAAGAAUGUGAAAAAAGACCCGGGUUAUAGCUGGAUUGAAGUGAAAAACAGGGUCCAUUUGUUCGUAGCGGGUGAUAGGUCCCACCCAGAAGUGACUGCCAUAUAUGAUAAGGUGGAAGAUCUGAUGAGACGCAUUGGAGAUAUGGGAUACGUGGCUGAUACCGAUUUUGUGCUGCUCGAUGUAGAGGAGGAGGAAAAAGAGCGGGCCCUUUACUAUCACAGCGAGAGGCUGGCGAUUGCUUAUGCGCUGAUAAGUACACCAACUCCAAUGAGGAUUCGAAUAAUAAAGAACCUUCGCAUUUGUGGUGAUUGCCACAAUGCGAUCAAGUACAUAUCGAAGGUUGUAGGCCGCGAGAUCGUGUUGAGAGACGCAAAUCGCUUUCAUUGCUUUAGGGAUGGAAGCUGCUCUUGUGGGGAUUAUUGGUGAAUUUAAGAGCUUGGAUUGAAAAAGGGUGUUAAAAGCAUGGAUUUGAUGCUCAAGAAUCACCAAGGCAAGGGAUGAAUCUUAGGAGACCAAGAUUGAAGAAUUCACAUGCCAAAGAUUCAAGAAAACCAAGUGAGGAAUGAAGAGAAUCAAAGAUUUGAAGUGAAGAAAAGGAAUCCUGAAAUCGUCCUGAAAAAGCGUAUUCUGACACUCUAAAAUCUAUUUUGGAAAACUGCGCAAAGUGAAGUCUAUUUUAGCAAACUGCGUAAAUUUGAAGCAGUUUCUAGAGUUUUCCAACUUGGUGCGAAAGUUGAAGUUCCCCACUUAUAAAUAGGGCUUCCCAGGGCAUUCCUAAGCAUCAUUCAAGGCAUUCCAAAGCAAGAUAUAAGGUUUUUAGAGAGUUUUAUCUAGGGUUUUUGGAAAGUUUCAUAGUUUUAAUUUGUUUUUCUUUACAAGUUUUUUAUUCUUUUCUUGUUGCUUUUCUAUUUUGCAAUUUAAUUAUGUUUUUCUUAGUUCUCUCUAGCCCAAGCUAGAAGGGAAGCAUAUUAGUUUAAUGUUUUCAUA